UUCGGUCAGAACGAUAACGGAUCGCUUAACAAACACUUGAUCGAAAAUUUUGGAACAAAAAGUCGUGUUUUGUGAACGAAAUUCAAUCAUAGAGACUCUCAUGUGUAAACUUUCGUGGUUAUUAUUGUAAUUAUAAAAGGACUACACAGUCACACAAUGAAGUGGCCGAAAAAAUUGAGCUGGGAAGGCCAACUUGAUUCGACCGACCAAAACAACAACAUCACGAUGACUUCCGAGGAUCUUCUACAGCCAGGACAUGUGGUCAAGGAAAGGUGGAAGGUGGUCAAAAAAAUCGGUGGUGGUGGUUUUGGGGAGAUCUACGAGGGGCUGGACCUGAUAACUAGGGAACAAGUGGCACUUAAAGUCGAAUCGGCGAGACAGCCGAAACAAGUGCUCAAAAUGGAAGUGGCGGUGUUGAAAAAAUUGCAAGGAAAAGAACAUAUUUGCAGAUUUAUUGGCUGUGGUAGGAAUGAUAGGUUCAAUUACGUCGUGAUGCAACUCCAAGGCCGCAACCUGGCAGAACUCCGAAGGGCUCAGCCCAGAGCCGCCUUCAGUCUAUCGACAACCUUACGACUAGGUUUACAGAUACUCAAAGCUAUCGAAAGCAUACACUCCGUCGGUUUUUUGCAUCGUGAUAUCAAGCCCAGUAAUUUUUCAAUGGGCCGACUGCAAUACAACUGUAGAAAGGUUUAUAUGUUAGAUUUUGGACUGGCUAGGCAAUACACGACAGCAACGGGGGAAGUACGGGCGCCACGAGCUGCAGCAGGGUUCAGAGGAACCGUCCGAUACGCCAGCAUCAACGCGCACAAGAACAAAGAAAUGGGACGUCACGAUGAUCUCUGGAGUCUGUUUUAUAUGCUAGUCGAAUUCGUUAAUGGACAGUUACCGUGGAGGAAAGUCAAAGAUAAGGAACAAGUCGGUUUAAUGAAGGAAAAAUAUGAUCAUAGGUUACUGCUCAAACAUUUACCGUCCGAUUUGAAGCAGUUUCUUGAUCAUAUCCAAAGUUUGGAAUACGCAGAUAAGCCGGAUUACCAGAUGUUAAUAAAUUUGUUUGAACGUUGCAUGAAACGAAGAGGGGUUAAACCGUCGGAUCCUUAUGAUUGGGAGAAGACACCUGCCGGUGAUAACGUCACAGUUACGCAAACGACGGAAAAUCAACCCCCCACAGCCCCCACAACUCUUCCGAGACAUACCAAACAUACCACUACCGAUAAUAACCAAGAAAAUAUCGAACCUACCGAUAACAAGGACGCCCAGUUGGAGGUCCGCCGCCGCCGCAUUGAGACCGAAAACACCGUUCCCCUCGCCACCGACCUCCAAACCAACGCCUCCGUGCGCCCCUCCGUCGACAAGAACUGCAAUGCCACCCCCACCGAGCAAGCCGCCCCCCGCCGCCGCGCCACCUCCCAUCUCGAACAAGCCCCCGAACGUCUCGACAACGAGGCGGUCGCUUCAGCAAAAUCUACAUCGGACGCCAAUCAGAAACCGGCACCGUUACGAAAGAGCCAAUCCGGUGUGGCCACGUUGGGUCGACUGCGUGUAGUCACGCCCGCUCAAAGUGGCGGCAGUUUGGUUGAAUCACCUGCCACUCCCGAACAAGAAAGACCAAGGAGGCGGCAACCGUCAGCAGCGAGAUCAUCGCGAUCGGGACUUCGUGAUCAAAGUUUGACACAAUUUGCGGUGAUUGAUGACGAGAAUGUGAGUCAACAAGUGACGAGAGGCGGGGCUUUGACAUUGGCAAGCCAAUGGAAAUCGCAGUUUGAUGAUAGUGAGGAGACGACGGAUAACGAAUGGAAGCCCGAAAGUCCCGAACAUAGGGCCACGUUAGCGGUGACUGAUGGAGGACAAGGGGGACCACCGGUUUUGAGUAGGAUUAGCGAGGAUUCAAGGACCAGUCAUAAGAAGUAUAUUAAUAUUGCAGGGAUUGAGGAGUACCCAGAACUUGUGGGUGGACUUCCACGUGCCUGGUCCACGCCCUCUCUCGGUCCGUACGUCCGUUCCGGUCUCAAACCGCCACUUUUGCAACAAGCCGCCUUUGACGACCUCGUCUUUCGCGUCGAUGUUAUGCGAAACGUCGCCUCGCGCCACCUCCAAGAGGGCGAAGAAGAAGCAAAAGUGGCCGAAGCGUCGAAAUGGAAUAGUUUACCGAUUCUGAAUCUCAUGGAUAAGGAAGAACUGAAGAGUGAUAACAAGGAGGAAGAGCAAAAUGGGGAAGACGAAGGCUUGCAAGAGGUUGCGGGAAAGUUGGAGAUUCGAGUAGUGCCAAAAGAAAAUGUUCCUAAACCUCCGGAAAGUACCGAAAGUGCCGAAAGGCCGAUAGUGAAAUUAGAAAGAACGAAAAGUAUACUAAAACAGAGUAGUAAGGAACGAAACGAAGGACAGGAAAUGCCAAGUCCGAAGCGGGAACAAAUCACGUUCGCACCCGAAGUGGACGAGGGGGAGAAAGUGAAGAAGAGGGUGAGUUUGGAGGCGGAAGAACCCAUCGAUAAGAAGGAAGAAGUUGAGAAUGAAAAGGACGAAUCGGAAUCGAGUAGUUCCGAAACUGAGCAGAAGAAUUCGGAUAAGAAACCGAAUUCGACAAUUCCAGAAGUAGUACCUUUAAAUAAUUCCCAAAAGCCGACAUCGAAACCGUUAGAAAAAAUUAAGAAUAAUUUAGGACAUUCGGCGUCGGAGAGUAGUUCGAGCACCGGCGAUAAGUUGGAGCAGAAUUUGAAGAAUGCGCGAAACUCGAUAGAGAAGAAAAAUUUAGAUGUGAAACAUGAUAGGGUUCAGUGUUCGCCGUCGGUUGAUCUUACGACGAAUCCGGCGGUGACGUUUGUUUCGGCCGCUUCGGAAACACCAAGGGAGAGACGUUUGAUGGCAAAUGGACUGAGUCCAGGACUUGACGAACAAUCGGAAUACUUUGACGCCACUGAAAAUCCCCUUUUUAGGGAUAAGCAACGUCACGAACAGGAUGAUGAGGACAGCGGUGUGGAUAACGCAAGCCAAAUCCUGAGGGAAUCAUCGACGAGUCCGGCGAUGGAUCCGGGCCGAAUUUCGAAAAUCCCUGUGGCAGUGGGAGGCCAAAGACUAGCGAAAUGCAUGUCCUGGAGCGGGGACUUGACUCCAGGUUUGCGACGCCGUCGUCAAGGUGAAAAAUACGUCACUGAUCCGAGCCAGUUGAAUCUCAGGUUCAAAAGACACUCGACGGCCGGAGGUUAUUUAUUAUGGCGAUUGGUGUAAGGCGGUGGUUUGUAGGUGUGAGGCCGGCCCGAGGCAUCCCCACGUGUCUCAUAGGCGCCCCCGAGAGUUCGCCCGACACUUCGGAGGGGCCGCCGCCGCCGCCGCCCCCGACCGGCGAACCGCCAGCGGAAAGUCAGGUCAGAUGCAGGCGUUUCAGACCAGUCACAUAGUAACACAAAACACGGUGUACAUAUGAACAUUAGGAUAUAUUUACAUUGAGAUUGCCUUUUAGCUUUGAGGGGGGUGUGGGUCACGGGGGUUUCGUCUGAUUUGCUCUCUCUGUAGAUAAUAUUCGAUUGGGAUGACUGUUAUUGUGAUUUUAUUUUAGGGGAAUGAGAAAUUUUUAUAUUGCGGUUGUGUUUGUUUGUUGUCGCGUCGAAUUCUUUCAUCGGUUUUACGUUCGGUCGAUCAAAGAAUUCGGUUUUUUCGGGCAAUUCUAUUUGAAAAUAAUGGUUACUUAAGUAAUGAAUGAGUCGAAAUCUAGUCACAAGUACGAUAUUUUUUUAAAGUACUUGAAAUAUCUAGUCAUAGAUCUGAAGUAAUAAUAUUAAAUGAAACAAAACAAAAAACACUUCAAAAAAUAAAUGCUCUGUAUAAAAUGAUAUUACGCGAAAUAGCUAUUAUGGACAUGAAAUUGUACUGUUAUUUCAUCAUUUUUAGACUGCUAAUAUAUUGUUUUUAUUUUUAUUUUAUUUUUCCUGUUUUAUUGUACUUUUUUUUGUUUCAAUUCUAGUGCUGUAUUUAUAAAUUAUUAUAGUUGAUAAUUAAAUUAAUUCUGAUA